ACUGUUUACUGCUUCUGUUUCAAAACUCGGUUUUAUGUGUGGAUUUGGAGAAGUGUAUUUUUUAGUGCUCUUAUUAUCCAUUUGUCUGUUGCUUCUGCUGAAAAGACUUUAACCUGAAACAGCUAAAAGUACGUACAAGCUCUUCCACUCUGAAGAGAAAGAACUCGUGAACAAGUAUAACAAUGUUGUCAGUUUGUGGAGAAGGAUUGCAACUGUUACUGGAGAACUGCGUUAUGUGGAUGCCAUGCAACUUCUUCCUACCUUGGAGGAUGCAACUAAAGUGUUUUCUGAGCAAGUGAAUGCAACUAUUGCUCUUCUGCAUCCAGUUCACUGCACAACAGAGCGGAAAGUGCAUCUGGUUUUCGACAUGACAACAAUUCCUGGUUUCCUUAUUGUUGCUGGUCUUCUGUAUGCCGUGUUGAAGCCAGGACGGGCCAAGCCUAAGAUUAACUAAUGAAAAGAUCACGGGGCGUCCUCGUGUUCUGAAACAUAUCAUCUUGGGAUGAGGGAUCGAUCAUUUGAAUUGGACACACCUAUCCCUAACACAGGUUUCACCAUAUACACACCUUCGAUCAUUUUCGGUUUAAUGCUACCAUUGUUGAGGCUGCCGGUUAAAAUUUGUCCAAGUGAAAUAGGAUUUUCUAGAACGUAGCUAGAAGUUAGAUGAUGUAACCAGAUGGCACUCGUACUUGGUAUGCAUAGCAAGUGCUGUUUUAAGUACAGAGAGACAGAAAGAGAGAGAGAGUGAGUAGU